GUAAGGAAGGAAUUAAAAUUGACAUUUGGUGAAAUUUGCAGGGGCUUUUGGUUAAUUUCUCUGUUACUGAAAUGGGAAAUUGGGCCCAAUAACCCGAAUAGCUCUUUAACAAUUUGUUCAAUUCAACCCGAAUUUAGUCGACUGAAGAAUUUUUGCGAAGAGCAAUUCAGAAAAUGGGAGGUGGAGAGGGACAUGGAGUGACCUACAAAGGCAUGACAAUUCAUCAACCUAAGCGUUGGCACGCUGUAACUGGAAAAGGAUUGUGUGCCGUCAUGUGGUUUUGGAUUCUUUACCGGGCCAAGAAAGAUGGUCCUGUAGUGUUGGGCUGGAGGCAUCCCUGGGAAGGCCAUGGGCAUGGUCAUGACCAUUAGAUAUGCCGUGGAAGCUGCUGCUGGAUUGUAAACCGAUAUGGUCAAUGCUAAUGUAUUUCUUGGAAAACUCGGUUGAAUGUCUUUCAAAACAAACAGUUGUGCUUUCAGUUCAAUAAAAAUCCUAUGAAGUGGAGAAUUGUUUGACUUGAUUCAUAAGAGCUUUGUUUUAGUUAACUUUAAUUUGUGCUGUCAGUUUUCAGUGAACCGGUUUGCAGUGGUUUGAAAAACUUUUCUCUGUUUGUAUUUCCAACUUGACAAUGUAUUCAUAGACUCGUUGGGUAGCUCGAAGAUAACUGUUUUGAAACUUCAA